AUGGCAGUCACAGCAACACACCCACAAGUCUACAGGGGAAGCCAUGGGACUUCAGGCUUCCAGGAACAAUACGAAGCUCUAGACUUGCUCAAUGCCAGAGAGUAUGCAGCCAAAGAGAAGAAACUCGUGCGCAAGAUCGAUAUCCGGCUUAUGCCUCUCCUGUUUGCGAUGAUUGUACUAAACUACCUGGAUCGAAACGCACUGGCAAACGCACGUGUGCAAGGAAUUGAGAAGAGCUUAAGCCUGAAAGGAACAGAGUUCAAUACCGCCAUCAGCGUCCUAUUCGCAGGGUAUAUCGCUCUGCAGAUUCCCUCUAACAUGAUCAUUACCCGAGUUCGACCCUCUUUGUAUUUAUCAGGGUGCAUGAUUAUCUGGGGGGUUGUGUCCGGUCUAACUGCGACGGUGCAUAAUUAUGCGGGACUGGUUGCUGUUCGCUUCUUUCUUGGUCUUGUCGAAGCCCCCUACUUCCCAGGGGCGCUGUUCCUGCUAUCUUCUUGGUACACGCGCAAGGAACUGGCUCUUCGCACUUCGAUCUUGUACGCUGGGUCUCUCCUGUCUGGCGGCUUCGGUGGAUUGGUUGGCGCUGGAGUGCAAUACGGCCUUGAUGGCGUCAGAGGUCUCCCAUCGUGGCGUUGGCUUUUCAUCAUUGAAGCGGCCGUUACAGUCUUCGUCGCCGCGCUCUCCCUGGUAAUCCUACCCGAUUUCCCCCACACAACCAAGUUCCUCUCCAACGAAGAGCGAGCCAUCGCCACGCGUAGACUACAGGACGACUCAGGUAGCAACGACACUGAGCGCGGUUCCAUGAUGAGCGGGAUGAAAAUGGCCUUUCUAGACUACAAAGUCUGGAUCCUAGCCCUAAUAAUCAUCACCAAAACCUCCGCAGGAGCAGUAACGCAAUUCAUCCCGACUCUCGUAUCCACACUUGGAUACAACAAAGUCGCCUCGCUUUUACUCGUAGCGCCCCCCUACGUCUUCGCCACGUUGGUCGCUCUAGCUGUAUCCCACAACUCGGACCGCGUCGGCGAGCGCUGCGUCCAUAUCGUGGUACCCAUUCUCCUCGGAAUGGUGGGGUACAUCAUUGCAGCCGCUACGGUAAACUUCGCUGCACGGUAUCUUUCUCUUUUUCUCAUGCUGGCGGGGGUGUACGGAAGCUACAAUGUCGCGUUGGCGUGGAUUUCGAGCACGCUUCCGAGACCUAUUGAGAAAAGGGCCGCGGCUAUUGCGUUUGUGAAUACGGUGGGGAACUUCGCCCAGAUCUACAGUCCGUACAUGUAUCCUUCGACCGACGGGCCGCGAUAUCUUGCGGCUAUGAUUGCGAAUGCGUGUUUUUGCCUUGCUUGCGUUGCUGCUACGAUCCUGUUGCGUGUCUUUUUGUUACGCGAGAACGAGAAGCUUGAAGCUAUUGAGGUC